AUGAACCGCCUCAUACCCCGCCGGCCGCUUCUCAAGCAGAUCCUCGGUAUUCCACCAGCCGCGGUGAGCGUCCCUGAGCUGACGCUUAUCACAGCUCGCGCCAUGCAUAUCCAGUCGAUCCCCAUGUGUAAGCGGGUGGGGAGUAGCAACAACUACGCCUACCUUGUUGUGGAUGACAAAUCCAAGGAUGCCGUGAUCAUUGAUCCUGCGAACCCGGUUGCGCCGGUUCUCAAGGAUGCCAUCCAGGCAGGCAAGAUCAACCUGACUGCCAUUGUCAACACCCACCAGUUAGUACUCGGCGCGGGUGGCGCGCGGGGAUGA